CUUUAAAACUCUCCUCGCUGUGCAAUUCCUUUCUCUUCUCUGCCUUUUCAGCCUCUUUUGCAACCCUAAUCAUUUUUGCAGCAGUAUAUUCUCUCUCUUCUUGUUCCAAUCACUUCACUCAGACCCAGUUCAGUUCCAUACCAUCAAAAUGGUGGGCUGCACAAUACGUAUAAAGAAGAGACAACCCGAGUGGCUGAGCACUUUAUUGUGCAGCAGGUUCUUUGGUGCUUGCGUUGAUCACUGGGACCUCCGGAAGAAUGAGAAAAACAUGUUUUGCAUUGACUGCAAUCUUUGCUUUUGUAAGCAUUGUAUAACUUCUUCGGCUCAUUGCCUUCAUCGAUGGCUUCAAAUCUGCAAGUAUGUGUAUCAUGACGUUGUUCGCCUUCAAGAAAUUCAGAAACACCUCGAUUGCUCUAAAAUUCAAACAUACAAAAUCAAUGGAGAAAAAGCUGUACAUCUAAAUCCAAGGCCUCAAUCAAAAGAGAUCAAACCAUCGAAAUCAAAGAGUGGGGCAUCCUGUGAAGCUUGUGGGAGGCACAUACAAGACUUGCCUAAUCGCUUUUGCUCUAUUGCAUGCAAGGUAUCAGUAAACGCUGAGAAGUCUAAAGACCCGAGCCAAAAGUUGAUCUCUGACUCUGACCCAGUUCCUGGGUUUGAUGGCCUGUCUUUGAAGGAGAACUAUGACCCAGAAAGUGAUAUAUAUGAAAAUGAAUCAUCUCUCUCCUUAAGCGAAUCAGCCGAGGAAUAUCAAGCCUGGGUGUCUUUAGCACUGAAGCCAAAGAAGCAAUUGCACAAGAGGAAGGGUGUCCCUCGCAGAGCUCCACUUCUUUAGCACCUAAACAUGCACAUUUUUCUCUUUGGAUUUUGCAUAAGGUAUAUUCACAGUGAGACCACAGUUCACUAUUCUAUCUAUAUGAUAAUUCAAAUAAAUAUAUCACUCUCAAACAGCCUACAAUUUUGGGUUUUAGUUGGGUUAGUUGAAGAGUGUCCCCAUCUUUGUCGAAGUAUAGAAAAUUCUAGUCAUUGUACAGCAUAAGGGUGGUGGUAUUGGCUAUUGAAUUGGUCAUAUAUGAUGGAUACUAGACUUUUGUAUCUAGCCUGAGCUUUUGAUUUGUUUUAUUAUGAUCCGAAUUUUUUGGUGGAUUUUGUAUCGUCAUG